AUGGACACGAAAGCAACGAUCGAGCUUGUUGACGAGCUACAGGAGAACAUUGAGGAUCUCGAGGACAAUCUCGGAUCUCUUCUCGGUGGUUCACUCGUCGCUACCAGCAGGAAGCUACCAUUACUUGACCGCGCCAAACUCCAUGUCCUGCUCGUAUAUUCUAUCGAGUCAUUGCUCUUCUCAUAUCUUAGGCUCCAUGGCGUCCCAGUCAAGGAACAUCCAGUCUUCAAGGAGUUGACGAGAGUCAAGCAGUACUUCGAGAAGAUCAAAACAGCUGAAGCGGGUCCAGAAAGUGCUCCACCAGCCGUCACGUUGAACAAGGAAGCUGCAGCAAGAGUUAUCAGGCACGGGCUGGCCGGCAACGAAAAGUACGACCUAGAACGCGCCGAACGUGAAGCACGCGAGAAGGUCCUUGCCAACAGAAAACUGAGAGAACUUGAGUCAAAGAUGAAGGAACAAGCAGCUCAAAACAGUGAACAAGCCAUGAGUGCGACCGAUGCCCUGACACAAGCUGCUCAAUUGGCCGCGGGCCCGCUGCAUCAGCCCCAAGACAGUGCGCCCGACUUGGACAGCGAUGCUGAGACCGGUUCGGACGAGGAAGGUGAGAUAGCAGAAGAGCAGCCUGCGGAGUCCCAACCACAGCAAGGCCAGAAGCGAAAAAGAUCCAGUGCAGCUACGCGCCGAGCCAAACGGAAGAGAGAGGCUGCUUUACCCGGCGCGAAAAGUGAGGAGCAGAUGAACAAGGCCUUGGGCCGACAAUCCGCUCGCAAAGCUAAGAAGGAGGCGAAGAAGGCGGCCAAGCGGUCUGAGCCAGCAGCUGGCUAG